AAUCAUACAGCUUGUUUUCUUCAUUGAAGUUGCCAUCUUUUCCUGAGCACGUUUCUACUAUCGAUCUACUUCUCCUCUGCUAGUCAAGCGGGACAGCUAGUGUUGCAAGAUCAUGCAAAGAGUGAAUUUCAACCAACUAAUCUUUCCCCUUUCACCAACUUGCCCAAGCAUGUCAAAACUAAUUUUAUAUCAAACUGGUUCGGAUUUCAAGCUUUACAUUUGUUGUUGCAUUCAUCUUAAUCAACCUUGCAUAUCACUGAUCUCUGUUUACCAAUUCAAGUAUCAUCCAAUGGAAGAUGAAAAGGGUCUUGUAUCCAUGUUCCUCAUCGUAGCUUGUCUCUUUGUCUCGUGGGUUUUCGUGCACAGAUGGAACCAGAGGAACAAGAAAGGUCCAAAGACAUGGCCGAUCUUUGGAGCAGCCAUUGAGCAGCUGAUGAACUUCGACAGGAUGCACGACUGGCUUGUCAAUUACUUGUCCGAAUGUCAGACUGUCGUGGUUCCAAUGCCAUCCACAACAUACACUUACAUAGCUGACCCUGCAAGUGUUGAGCAUGUUCUCAAGACCAACUUUGCUAACUAUCCAAAGGUAAAACAGAAAAGAAUGACCAACUUUUCACAUUUCUUCUGCAGCAAUCAUUUUUGCAGGUACUUACCGUUGAUACCACUGUAAAAACUAGGGAGAGACGUACCAUUCAUACAUGGAAGUUCUGCUUGGAGAUGGGAUAUUCAACGUCGAUGGAGAGCUCUGGAGGAAACAAAGGAAGACAGCUAGCUUUGAGUUUGCUUCCAAGAACUUGAGGGAUUUCAGCACAGUUGUCUUCAGAGAGUACAGCCUCAAACUCUCUGCUAUCCUCACUGAGACUUCUUCCCACAAUCAAGUAGUAGAUAUGCAGGAACUUUUGAUGAGGAUGACACUGGAUUCAAUAUGCAAAGUUGGGUUUGGAGUCGAGAUAGGAACUCUGGCACCCGACCUGCCGGAAAACCAGUUUGCGCAGGCUUUCGAUACUGCAAACAUCAUCGUAACGCUUCGGUUCAUCGAUCCAUUGUGGAGGAUAAAGAAGCUGUUCAAUGCAGGCUCGGAAGCUCUACUCGACAAGAGCAUAAAGAUAAUCAAUGAUUUCACGUAUUCUGUAAUCAGAAGAAGGAAAGCAGAACUUGAGGAAGCUCAAAUGCGACAGAUGAAACACGACAUAUUAUCGAGGUUCAUAGAGCUAGGCGAAGACCCAGAGAGCAAAAUGACAGACAAAAGCCUAAGAGAUGUUGUUCUCAACUUUGUGAUAGCCGGUCGAGACACGACAGCCACAACUCUCUCAUGGGCUGUGUACAUGAUAAUGACACAUAGCCAUGUAGCCGAGAAGCUCUACAUGGAACUCAAGGCAUUUGAGAAUGAGAGAGCAAACAAGCGUGUGAAGCAGUAUGCAGGGCUUUUGAACUAUGAUUCAUUAGGGAAACUGCAUUACCUCCAUGCAGUGAUUACAGAGACACUUCGGCUUUACCCCGCAGUCCCUCAGGACCCAAAAGGGAUCCUAGAGGAUGAUGUGUUGCCAGAUGGUACUAAAGUGAAAGCCGGAGGCAUGGUGACUUAUGUGCCUUAUUCCAUGGGAAGGAUGGAGUACAACUGGGGAUAUGAUGCAGCUUUGUUCAAGCCAGAGAGAUGGCUGAAAGAUGGGUUGUUCCAGAACUCGUCUCCUUUCAAGUUCACAGCAUUUCAAGCUGGACCAAGAAUCUGCCUUGGUAAAGACUCUGCAUAUCUCCAAAUGAAGAUGGCACUAGCCAUUUUGUGCAGGUUCUUCAAGUUCAGUUUGGUGCCAAAUCACCCAGUUCAAUAUCGAAUGAUGACCAUUCUGUCGAUGGCACAUGGCUUGAAGCUGAAAGCAGUCAGAUGCUUAUAA